AUGACAGAAAUAAGUCCAUCUAUAAAACAGCAAAUAUACGCUUAGCAUACUUAUCCUUCACAAGCUCAUCAUAUUGUUGGAGGCUUACAGUCAUCAGUAAUAUCAGGUCAUGAGAAAAACUCUUAGGUUGUGAUAAAUACAUCAACUACCAUAGUAAAGCAAUAAUUUGUGGAAGUGUCUACCUCCGAGCAAAGAGUCUCGGAAUUUGCCUAGCAUGUUGAGGCAGCUAAUGUAGACUUUAAGGAGACUAUAAUGAAGAAAGUGCACACUUUCAAGCUUAAGGAUACUGCUGAGCUAAACCAUAGAAUAGAUGAGAUGAAGCAAGAUGAGUUCUUAUCACUUGAGAAGCUAAAUAAAUAGUAUGUGCAAUUAGAAUAAAAAGAAGCUCAUGAAGUCGAUAAGUUGAAAAAAAGCAAGCACCUUCUGUUAAGAUCAAUCUCGUAGUGGGAAUAAAUUCGUAAACGCAGAAGAGCCUUUGAGUGCUGGAGGACUUACUUCCAGAAAAAAAAGAAGGACAACAAUCAAUCAGACUAUUGUGAGUUCUUCUAUCAGCAGGGUAUCAAGGCAAGAGGCUUCAAGGCCUUUAAGCUUUUCGCCUAGGUUGCAGGAAACCGAUAGUAUGAGAAGAGGGUCAAGGACAGAAUAGACUUAACUAUCACUCAUUUAGUGGAAGAGAGGAAAAAUGAAAAAGACUUCUUAGAGGCUAUGAUUAGAGAGUUAGAAGAGUAGUACAGAAUCGAGUUGAGAAAGAAGGCAAUACUCAAAUCACAGUGCGAUUAGGCUUACCUUAGAGGAGUCUCAGCAAUCAGUAUGGAGGCACUUAAGAUGAGCCACAGUACUCUGCAAGACUACUACAAGGGUAUGAAGAUGCCCUCCUAUGAUGGAAAUAACAUACUGGAGCAAAUCAUGAGAAUGCGCCAGGACACUUCCAGUCAGGUGGUUACUUAAUAAGUUAGAGUAGUCACCACUGAAACUGUGACCAGAGAUGUUAGAGCUAGGUCUGAUCUAGAGUAAAGUUUUGGAAAGACCCAAUAAUGA